AUGCCACCUCUCACUCCCACAAGGCUCUCCUCCUUCUCCUUCCCUCACACCUCCCCACUCCUCCACCACCUCCUCCCCUCCACCGCCACCAAACCCACCAUGUCAUUCUCUUCCUCCUCUUCCCCUUCCCCUUCUUCACUUCCCAACCAACAAGACCCACAAGACCAAAACCUCUCCCAAGUCCUCAAAUACCACACCUCCACCAAGCACCACUUCACCCGCUACGCCCGAGGUCCUCACGGCCUCGACUGGGCCAACCAACCCAACCCCUUCCGCCGCUACCUCUCUUCCCCUCUCCUCCCUCUCCUCCACCCCACCUCCUCCCCCUCCCCUCUCUACUCCUCCAUCUUCACCUCCCUCCCUCCUCCCCAACCCAUCUCCAUCUCCACCCUCUCCCAACUCCUCUACGAUUCUCUUUCUCUCUCCGCUUGGAAAUCCACGCCAUUCUCCACCUGGUCCCUCCGUGUCAACCCCUCCAGCGGUAACCUCCACCCCACCGAGGCUUACGUCAUCUCCCCGGCUAUUAAUUCCCUCUCUGAUACCGCUUUCGUGGCGCAUUACGCUCCGAAAGAGCAUUCAUUGGAGCUCCGGGCUGAAAUUCCGUCGUGGGUGUUUAGAGAUUUGCUUCCUGAUGACUCGUUUUUAAUUGGGCUGUCGUCGAUUUUUUGGCGGGAGGCGUGGAAGUACGGGGAGCGGGCUUUUCGGUAUUGUAAUCAUGAUGUGGGCCAUGCGAUUGGGGCGGUUGCGGUGGCGGCGGCGGAGUUGGGGUGGGAUGUGAAGAUUCUUGAUGGGUUGGGGUAUGAGGAUUUGGAGAAGGUUUUGGGGGUUGGGAGGGAUUCGCAUUUUGAGAUUCCGGUGAGGGCGGUGAAGGGGAGGUUUCCGGAGAUGGAGUUUGAGCAUCCGGAUUGUGUGAUGUUGGUUUUUCCUAGUGGAAAUGGGAGAGUUGAGGUGGAUUAUGAGAAGUUGAGGUUGGCGGUGAAGGGGUUUGAGGGGUUGGAGUGGAAGGGGGAGAGGAAUGUGCUUAGUAAGGAGCAUAUUUGUUGGGAUUUGAUAUAUAGAACGGCGGAGGCGGUGAAGAAAGAGAGGGAUUUAGGUGAGAAGUUAGUGGUGGAUGAGUUUCGGAGUAGUGGUUGUUGUAGUGAGGGUUCGUAUAAGGGGUUUACGGUUAGGGAAGUUGUUAGGAAGCGGAGGAGUGCUGUGGAUAUGGAUGGGGUUACUGUGAUGGAGAGGGAUACAUUUUAUCAGAUUCUUUUGCAUUGUCUUCCUUCGGGGAGUGGAGGGGAGCAGAAGCGGCAGCUGGCAAUGCCGUUUCGGGCUCUUUCGUGGGAUGCUGAGGUUCAUGCUGUUUUGUUUGUUCAUAGGGUGAAGGGACUGCCGGAGGGUUUGUAUUUCUUGGUGAGAAAUGAGGAUCAUUUUGAUAAGCUCAAGAAAUCUAUGAGGUCUAGCUUUAAGUGGGUGAAACCUGAGGGUUGCCCGGAAGAGCUUCCUCUGUAUGAACUUCAUAGAAUUGACUGUCAGGCUCUUGCUGAAAAGCUCUCCUGCCAUCAGGAAAUUGCCAGUCAUGGCUGCUUUAGCCUUGGCAUGGUGGCUUGUUUUGAGCCUCUAUUGAAAGACAAAAAAGUGUGGAUGUAUCCUCGAUUGUUUUGGGAGACUGGAGUUCUCGGUCAAGUGUUGUACCUUGAAGCACAUGCAAUUGGCAUUUCUGCAACAGGAAUUGGUUGCUAUUUUGAUGAUCCUGUGCAUGAAUUGCUCGGCUUGCAAGGAUCAAACUUCCAGAGUUUAUAUCAUUUCACAGUGGGUGGCCCGGUCAUCGACAAACGGAUUAUGAGUCUACCUGCAUAUCCUGGCCCUAAUGUUGAUGCUUGAAACAAGGUUUUAGUUAGGCGUAGAUAACCACACUGCUUUUAUUGUUGUGGACUCAUGGUUGUACAUUUAUACUAGAAACCAGCAGGGAGUAGUUUUUCUCUGGUUGACGAGUGCAGUCAAGUGCUUAUGUACCUUGUAAUAGUUGGAAACUGCUGAGCACCUAAUUCUUCAUUCCAUUGAAUGGCUUAGCCGCAUGCUUCUUUUGAUGUCAAGCAUUAUAAAUGUUUCCACUCUAAACGGUCUGCGAUUAU